CCCGUCCGCAUUGUUGUGGGGAGGAAGGCGAAGCUUGUAGCAGCUCCGCGUUAACAGGGAGGAGGACGGCGCUGUUUUAAUGGAUGCCUUUUAAACCUGGUUUUCGGCCAUUUUAAACGGUUCGGAAAGCGUACGCUUGGAGGGCAUCGUGGAUACCUAUCGUUGUAAUUUGGAUUUUGUUAACAGGAAGCUCGACCCGCACAUUUUGGAUGAGAACAUUGUGUGCGGAAUCAGAGCCGCCGAGCAGGCCGUAUCGCCAUUGCUUUCAGCAGCCGCUGCCUCUGUCUCCAGCUCAAAGCAUAGGGCCUUCCAGGUUUUUGAGGCUCCGCGAUGGGGAAGAAAGCACGGAACAACAGGCUUCCCGCACUGCAGCGGGCACCCUCUCCCAUCAAACCGUCACCGAACAGGGAGACCCUGACGUACGCGCAAGCCCAACGCAUUGUGGAGCUGGAGGAUGACGGCCGUGUGCACCGGAUAAGCAUCUUCGAUAAGCUCGAUGUCAUCGCCGACGACGACCCCGUGGCCCAGGAGAUCAUGGAAUGCACCAGCAAUAAGGAGAACACAGAAAAACCUCAGCAGGCUCCGUUGCGGUCGGCACGCCUCAAGAACAACCGCCUGAAAAAGAACGCCUCGGUAAACACGCAAGGGGCUCAGGCAUCAUCCUGUACCCUACCCGAACCCAAGUUCCGCAUCGUGGAGUAUAACCUUCCAGCCGUGCCACGAAGACCUCAGGCGUAUUACAGGUACGAAGAAAAAACCCCAGAGGAGCUAGACGAAGAAGUGGAAUAUGACAUGGAUGAGGAGGAUUACGCCUGGCUGGAGCUGGUCAAUGAAAAGAGACGAAGUGAGGGCUUCAGCCAGGUCUCUCCCAACGUCUUUGAGUUUCUUGUGGACCGCUUUGAGAAGGAGUCAUUCUUAGAGAGCCAGGGCCAGCAGGAUCCACAUUCACUGGUGGACGAGGACGCUGUUUGCUGUAUCUGCAUGGAUGGAGAAUGUCAGGAUAGCAACGCUAUCCUUUUCUGCGACAUGUGCAAUCUCGCAGUUCACCAGGAGUGUUACGGAGUUCCCUACAUCCCUGAGGGCCAGUGGCUUUGCCGCCACUGCCUGCAGUCUCCCACGCAACCUGCUGAUUGCAUCCUGUGUCCCAACAAGGGCGGUGCCGUCAAGAAGACUGAGGAUGAUCGCUGGGGGCAUGUAGUCUGUGCUCUUUGGGUACCCGAGGUCGGUUUCUCGAACACGGUCUUUAUCGAGCCCAUCGAUGGCGUAGCCAACAUUCCAUCCGCCCGAUGGAAACUCACCUGCUACCUCUGUAAGGAGAAAGGCGUCGGCGCCUGCAUCCAGUGCCACAAGGCCAACUGCUACACGGCCUUCCAUGUUAGCUGCGCACAGAAAGCUGGCCUUUUCUUAAAGAUGGAGCCUAUUAAAGAGACUAACGAUUCGGGUGACCCUACCUUCACUGUGAAGAAGACGGCCUACUGCGGAGCUCACACACCUAACGGGUGCAUCAAAAGGCCCCUCGCUAUAUAUGACGACCCCAAAACCAAAAACAGUCUUUGUCGGACACAGAAGAAGAAAGCGAGUCUAACGAAAAAACAGAAGAACAAAAAGAACAAAAAGAGUGCAGACUCUGUAGUAGCAGUCCCAGCUAUGCCUGUUUCCAGUUUUCCUCCUCACAGGUUGGACUCAAUCCUCAGUCAAGUUUCCCUCCAGAGAAAGAAGGCAUUUGUCGAGCUGGUUUUAAACUACUGGACCCUGAAGAGACAAUCACGGAACGGGCUGCCACUGAUCAGACGACUGCACUCUUGCCUACAGUCCCAGAAAACUUCUCAACCCAAGCACAGUGAGGAGGAGAGCCGGGCACUGAAGGAGCAGCUGAAGGAGUGGCAGCGUUUGAGGCAUGACCUAGAGAGAGCCAGGCUAUUGCUGGAGCUUAUCAGGAAGAGAGAGAAGCUCAAGAGGGAGGAGAUGAAACUUCAGCAGUCAAUUUUAGAAAUGCAGCUCUCUCCAUUAAACAUUUUGCUGAGGGCAGUGUUGGACCAGCUGCAGGAAAAAGACCAGGCCAAGAUCUUUUCACAGCCAGUUAGCAUCGAGGAGGUACCUGAUUACCUGGACCACAUUAAGCACCCCAUGGAUUUCUCCACCAUGAGACAACGUAUAGAUACACAGGCGUACAGUAAUCUGGACGACUUCGAGGCCGAUUUCGAUCUCAUCAUCGCAAACUGCAUGAAAUACAAUGCCAAGGACACAUAUUUUUACCGCGCGGCUGCCAGACUUCGGGAUCAGGGAGGAGUUUUGCUCCGGAAGGCGCGUCGCCACGUUGAACGCGUCGGCUUCGAGCCAGGCACAGGCAUGCACACGUGUGAACAACCCAAGGUCGAGGCACCUUCUCAGUUCUCCUGGGAAGACGUGGACCGGUUGCUGGUUUCAGCCAACAGGAAGCACAUGUCUCUUGAGGAGCAGCUAAAGGAGCUUCUUGAGAAGCUGGACUUGACCACAGCGAUGAAGACGAGUCCUUCACGCAGUAAACGUCUGAAGCUGCUGAAGAAGGCUAUCGGUGACGUGAGAAUGGAAAUGAGUCUGAGGAAAACGUUGCCUCGCUCAUCCGAACAUGCAAGACCCGCAGAGGAGCCAGCAUCAGAGGACAGCCCAGCUGAGGAAGGAGACAAAUCGGCCCCUCCAAAGCUGGAGCCAUCAGAUUCUCAGCCCCCUGUCAUCCAAUCAGACGGCCCUUCAGAGCCGCCCACGCUGAACCCCAUCGAGCCCCAACAGCGGCCAGGAAAGCCUGAGCACACAGAGACACUGAACGGUCUUUCUCGGGAUCGGUUACUGAUGGACAAUGCUGAUGUCAGUGUGGUGGCCAUGUCCACCGUUGCUGAGCGCUCUGCUCCAGUAAACAGGCGCACGUCAGUGCUUUUCCGUAAGUCCAAAAGCACAAGCCCGCAGAAGGCUACGGGAGGAGAUGAAGCCCAAAUAGGUGCCAAGACCAUCCUGUCGGUAGUGAUCCCACGCCUGGAGACGCUGCUUCACACCAGGAAGAGGACACGAAGUGCAAGCCGGGGAAGCGAAGGCGAAGAGGAGAUAUCUACCAAGCGUCCUGGUCUGUCGAAUGGUUUUGUUCUGGAGGGAAAGAAGGCAUCGAAUCCCAGCAGACAGCAGGGGCCUCGUCGCAGAUGUGCUUCAGAAUCCAGCAUUUCCUCUAGCAGCAGUCUGCUGGGCAACACUAGCAGCUUCCCUUUAGGUUUCCCCAAGUGUGGAAAGGGGAAGCCGGCUCUCGUGCGCAGGAACACGGUGGACGACAAAAGUGAGCUCAUCGCUUGCAUCGAGACUGGGAACUUCGCCAAAGCUGCUAGACUCGCUGCUGAAGUUGGGAGCAGCAAUUUGUGGAUGCCUGCUAAUGCUUCAACAGUUGUUCUGGAACCUCUAAAACUAGUUUGGGCAAAAUGUAGCGGAUAUCCGUCCUACCCUGCCUUGAUAAUCGACCCGCACAUGCCUCGGGUGGGCUGCAAUCACAACGGGGUGUCCAUACCAAUCCCGCCACUGGACGUGCUCCGCAUCGGAGAGCAAAUGCAGUACAAGUCCGAAGAGAAGCUCUACCUUGUCCUUUUCUUCGACAACAAACGCAGCUGGCAAUGGCUUCCUAAAUCCAAAAUGGUUCCUCUCGGCGCCGACAAAACCAUCGACAAGAUCAAAAUGAUGGAAGGCCGCACCUCAGCAAUCCGCAAAGCCGUUCAGAUCGCGUUCACGCGGGCCAUGAACCACCUAAGCCGAGUGCAGGACGAGCCGGGCAGCGAUCUCAGCGACAUCGACUAACAGCAGAGACCGCACAGCACAUGGGUGGACUGUAAAGCCCUAGUAUUCUCCAUGCUUUGCUCAGAUCUUCAGUUGUCUGCUGCCAAAGCUGUUUUCCUUCCACCUCGUGAUGAGGAAUUCGCUCUGGCGACUGCUGCUUCGAUGACUGUGUGCGCAAACGCAUUCGAUUGUCUUCUCCUUCACUGUGCCGGGCGCUUGCUGCCACCCUCACUGCCACUCACGUCCUUCAUUUCCACCCGAAGUUCUCAUUUCCACUCACAAAAGUGUUCAUAUGUUGUACAAACUUUGUAAAUAACUGUAAAUGGCUUCAUUCUAACUUAUUCUGUAGAGUUGCCGCACUGGGUACUGUACAUUUUUAGUUCCUUGUUUUUGUAGUAUUUAUAUAUAAUUUUUCUUUUGGUGAAUUACCUUUUAGCAUCUCAGCGUCUUCCUCACUGAUGCAGAAAAAAAGUUCAAGCAGGAAAAGGGGCGCUUGAUCAGGGCUUAAAAAAUAAUGUGAGAAUAUUGUUUGUUUUGUUUUUUUUUCUCUCUUUUUUUAUCAUUUAAAUUAUUGAGGUUUAUAUGCAUAAACUUCUUUUUUUGGUAUUAUGUCUUUUGUACCCAAUAAUGUUUUUUAUAACAGUUUUAGCCUAUUUUGUUGUGAUAUAUUUAUAUAAGUAAAUAUAUAUCUGUAUUCUUUAGAUGCUCACACAAAUUACUGUUGUUAUGGAAACUGAAAGCGUGUUGUUCUCAUGAAACCAAAAGAAAAGAAAAUGCUGCCCAGACAUAUAUUUUUUUUAAUUGUUUUUUUUUUUUACAUUUUUUUGUUUUGUUUGUGUUUGUUUGAAAGGUUUGUCUACACUGUAAUGUUUUUUUUUUUUUUUUUUUUUGUGUUAUGUAUUGAUUGUGUAUUCGGGACCUUCAAAAUGAUACCGGUGAAGGAUGUGGUCAUGUUAAAUUAUUCGGGGGGAGGGGGAUGAAAUAAAAACGAGAAAAAUCACUUUCAGUUGGCACAUUCCAUUAGCUGUCUAAUGAUAGCCUUUAUAUAAUACUGUUAGAUCAGACUAAACUGAAAUCAUUCAUUGCAGUCAUUUAGCUGUUCUCUGGGUAGCAAAGGGAAGAUAUGAGGGUUGGAUACUUUUUAUACUUUUUUUUUUUUAUUGGAAAACUGAAUGGUUACUUGGAUUUGCUUUUUUAUUUUGGUUUGUUUUAUAGAUAAUAAAACAAUGACUAAACCAACUAAA